CGAGGCGCACCACAAUUGGACCCCAGCAGCGAGACAACCGCGAUCCCCGAUUUUCGACCAUCACCAAACGCCAACCGACACCUCGUCAGCGCAUCCCCCGUCAAGAUGCGUACCUACGACGACUCCUUCAGCGGUCAGAAGAUCUACCCUGGCAAGGGUAAGCUGUACGUCCGUGGCGACAGCAAGAUCUUCCGCUUCCAGAAUGGCAAGUCCGAGUCGCUCUUCCUCCAGCGCAAGAACCCUCGCCGGAUAGCUUGGACUGUCCUCUACCGUCGCCAGCACCGCAAGGGUAUCUCUGAGGAGGUUGCCAAGAAGCGUACCCGCCGUGUUGUGAAGCACCAGCGUGCCAUCGUCGGUGCUUCCCUUGAGCAGAUCAAGGAGCGCCGUGCCGUCCGCCCCGAGGCCCGCGAGGCCGCCCGCAAGCAGGCCAUCAAGGAUGCCAAGGAGAAGAAGGCCGCCGCCGAGUCCAAGAAGAAGGCCGAGAAGGCCAAGAACGCCGCCAAGGGUGGUGCUAAGCCCAUCUCCAAGCAGGGUGCUAAGGGCUCUGCCCCCAAGGUCGCCGCCAAGUCCCGCUAAAUUUGAUUUCGGUUGGGAAAUGGAGGUGUUCAUUUGACGGUUGCGAUAUGAUGGAACUUACGGGGACCAGCCUCGGGUCAUUACCUUGUUUCUGAAACACUUUAUGCAAUUAAAUGCGAUGCAGAAAAAUCGGGAACAAAGGAAUCAACAAAAUAUCUCUACGCAAGAUUUUGUCCAUCUCUUCUGCCUUUGGCAUCUAACUCUCUGGCAACUGCCAUGAGCCUUUCAGUA